CCGAGACAGACAAACAGGAGCUGUCAGCCAGCUGAUUUAGCACAGCCUCGUGAUACAGUAAGAUACCGUUUUAACCUUGCCAACAAGUAGCUGUUUAUCACUUUUUACUCUUAUUGCGAUGGUAGAAUUGACUUGGUAAUGUAUGAAGGUACGUUAUGAAGGAAGAGUUAAGCAAGAGCUAACUUAUUAACCAAAACGCUUGGCUUGAUCCCAUGGGAAACAUGUAAUCAAUCUAACCUUUCCUGGCUGUAAACGUGUAAAGGUUGUUAAUGAGUUUUUGUUAUCAGCCCUAACACUAAUUAAUGCUCUACAAAAUGGAUGCUGACGAAAUCGAGAGAAUUAUCGAUGAAGAAUUGAACAAGAUGGAUCUGUCAGAGGGUGAUGUGGAUGAUUAUGCGGAAGAAGACCUAACUUUACUCUUACCAGAGGAUGACAGUGACUCUGAAACGGAUGGCAUGCCCGAGUCAGUGCUGACUUAUUUUGAAGCAGCUAGAGACCGCAUGAGUGUUUUUGAAAAACACCUCCAGGAGGACCAAGAGGAGAACAAUGAGAUAUCUUGGAGUGGGACCUAUGUUGUUUCCUGUCAAAGUGAAGAUAUUCUUAAGGAUCUUGCAGUUAGCGCUGAUGAAGACCCCGUAGCUUUAAAAGAAAAAAUUCUUUCGGAGCUAGAGGAACAACUUGGCCAACCCACUGCAUUGGACCACCAGAUGGCAGUAGAAGACAGUACCACAACACAGAAUGGGAAUGCAGUGUGUGAGCCUGACGAGUAUCUGGAGUCAGAGCAGAGGCUCCAGCUGCAAAUCGAGGACCUGGAGAGCAGGCUGAAGCAAGAGGAGGAGGAGAGGAGGGAGGCGCGUGAAGCUGGACGAGAACAGCUCCUCCUCAAAGAGAAGGAGGAGGAGGAGAGGAGGAGGCGCAGGCAGAAGGAGUUUGCAGAGGAACUGAAUAAGAUAGAUGAGGACACUCGGUUUCUGAACACAAAGGUUGAGGAGACCAAGGAACUCACAGAGGUGAAAAUGGAGCUGGAGUUAGCCAAUCAGAAAGAGGCCAUCAAGAGGCUGGAGGAACAAAUGGAGGAGGAGAGACGAGUAUUUGAGGAGGUGCAAGAGGAGCAGAGGAGAAGGCAGCUGGAGAGGAGACAGCGCGCUGCUACAAAGAUACAGGCGGCCGUCCGCACCUUCCUCACCCUGCGCUGGACCAGGCCUGCCUUGAACCGGAAGAGAGAGGAAGAGAGGAGAAAAGAGGAGCAGAGGAGGAUGGAGGAGGAGAGGAGAGAGAGGGAAGAGAGACUUCGCCGGGAGCGAGAGGCGGAGGAAAAGAGGAGAGAAGAGGAGAAGGCUCGCCAGAGGGAAGAGCAGGAGAGAAGGAGAGCGGCAUAUGAAAAGGCCAAACAGGAGGAGCGGCAGAGACUGGAACAUGAGAAGAGGCUCGAGGAGGAGAGGAGGAUAAGAGAGGAGGAGGAGGAGAGGAGAAGAAGAGAGGAGGAGGAGAGGAGAAGAGCGGAGGAGGGGGAGAGGAGGAGAAGAGAGGAGGAGGAGGGGGAGAGAAGGAGGAAAGAAGCAGAGGAGAGGAAGAAACAAGAGGAAGAGGAGGAGGGGAGAAAACAAAAAGAAGAGAAAGAGAGACAGCUGAAAUUUGAAGAGGAGAAGAAGAGAAAGGAGGAAGAGGAGAGAAAAAGGAGAGAGGCAGAAAAGCAGAGAAGAGAAGAAGAGGAGGAAGAGAGAAAGAGAAUAGAGGGGGAGAAAAAGAGAAAGCUUCAGAAGGAGAUGAAAAGAAAAGAGGAAGAGAGAAAAAGGGAGGAGGAGAGGAGGGUAAAGGCAGCAGAAGAAAAAAACAGUGAGGCAGUAGAGGGCAGCAGAACCCUGCAGGAGGAGAAUGAGGAGGAGAACGAGAACAGGAAGAUUCAGAACACACACAAGCCUAGGGAACAUGAGACAGAGAACACGCAUGUGAAGUCUGUUGAGCAGAGAACACCGGUGAGCUCUGAUGAUCUGAAGCGUGACGAGUCCCAAGCCAGUACUUCCAGCACUGCCCCAGAAACUUCAAAUCUGCACCAGAGAGGAACCAACGGUCACCUGGAUCAACCCAGCCCCACAGGGAACAGUCAGUCUGUUGGUCCCCAGAGCGGCCGCACUGUUGAGACUGUGCAGGCUGGGCCUGUGUGCCUGCCCGACACCACAGAGCAGAAGCGGCUGGCCUGGAUGCUGAGCUGCAUCCCCUGGUCCAAGCUCUGCAUGCAGAACAGGAGGAAGUGCGCCCUGGGGCCACAGGCCAAGAGGAAAGGGGCCAGGAGGCCACCGCAGCCCAGCCUGCCGCCUCUGUCUGUGGACAUGGUGCUGCAGUCAGGGGCCUGGAGUUCCCUCACACAGGUUACUACUGUAAUACUGGAGGACCUUCCGGGCUGCAAUUUGUCCACUCUGACUGCUUGCGGUCAACUGCAGUCCCUCAGUCUGCGGCGCUGUGGCCUCACCUCUCUGGAAGGACUCAGCUCCUGCACACAGCUCAGGCAGGUCGAUGUACAGGAAAAUUCCAUCACGUAUGUGGACUGUAGGGACCUGGCCCAGCUCCAGGUGCUGAGGCUGGGCAGGAACCAGCUGACCUCCAUCCACGGCCUGGACGGAGCCGUGGACUUGGUGGAGCUCCAGCUCUCCCACAACCGUAUCUCUCGACUGGGUGGCUUGGAGGCUUUGAAGAAGCUGCAGAGCUUGUGGAUCGAUCACAACCAGCUCACGAGUACCCGUGGCCUGACGGAGGCGUUCACGCUGCAGCACCUAGACCUGUCGCACAAUCACCUGACCAAGGCCGAGGGGCUGGACCACUGUGCCCUGCUCCGCACACUGCGUCUGGCAGGAAACACCCUCAUGGAGGCUCCCAGUCUGAGGAAUCAUGUGCUGUUGGGAGAGCUGAGCCUGGAGGACAACAGCAUCUCCUGCCUGGAGGGCCUGGCCAGCUGCUGGUUGCCUCUGCUUCACAGCCUCAACAUGGCCCAGAACAGCCUGACCCAGCUCCCUCUGCUCUCUGACUUCAUCUCUCUGACCGCGCUGGAUGUCAGUUACAACUGCCUCUCUGAGCUGCAGAGUGUUUGUGAGAGUGUUCAGCGAUGCUCCCAUCUGCAGCAGCUCAACCUGACUGGAAAUCCUCUUCAGCGAGACACCAGCUGGAGGUCCUCUCUGCUGGCCGUUGUGCCGGGUCUGCUGCUGGUGGACGGAGAGGAGACUGGAGCCUGUCCGUCGGCCCCGACCAGCCUCCCCCUGGAGGGCAGCGUCCAGGCUCUGUGCCAGGCCCAGCAACAGCAGCUCCUCUGCCUGCAGAGCACACAGUGGGCAGAGAUCAGCUCCGCUCCUUCGCCCUUGGAGGCCCAGCUCCUGUCUGGUUGCCAUAGCGAGGCGCUUUUCCGGCUCGCCGAAGAGCAGCGAUACGCCCAUGAGUACGGAGACACCAGCAUCACCCACACACCGCCAGUGCCCACUCCCCCUCUGGAGCACCCCUCCCCAGCACCAUGCUCACCCACCACUGCCGCUGGGGAGGCCAUGCCCGCUUUGAAUCACGCCGUUCGGAUCCCUUCCCCACCAGAGCGGCGUCAGACCCUGGCCUUUGGGGACCACCGGUCCUCACGGCCCACUGACCCACACGGUAACGGUUCCGCCAGCCGACCCGAGCGGCCCACUGCCUCUGGUGGGCCAGGCGUGGGCCAGUGUGCGCAGAGGCCCAGCCACAGCCUCCCUGACCACAGCCCAGGCUCACGGCAUGCUAAGCUGGACCUGAGGAGCAUGGCAGCUGUGAUCAUCCAGAAACGCUGGAGAGGAUACCAGUGUCGCAGGAGGAAGUGCCUACCUGAAAGCCCAGAGGCUCAUGGGAGAUGUAGUCCUUCGGUGAUGAGCAAGCUUGGAUGGCAUUGCCAAAGCCUUCAGACAGACCAUGCUGCCACUGUAAUUCAGGCGGUGUGGAGGGGCCACGCGCUGCGCUCCCGACUGCACCGGGCCCUGGCUGCCGCUACCGCCACUGAGCACACCGGACCGGGAGACGAGGGCCUCGAGGAGGUGGACGUGGACGAAUUUGUUUUUGAUGAGGAGGCUGUGGACAGGGAUUGGCCGGCGCCGCGUUCUGAUGGCGUCUCACCUUCCCAAGAGCAGACAGUACUGGCGGUGCCGGUGUUGGCGCACUCUGAGCGGCCCCUGCUGCCAAAGCAGGCACGCUCGCUGGCUCUCCCUCCACAGCCGGACCUUCCUCCAGCUGGGCAUCACAGAAGGAACCCCCCUGUGCUGCUAUGGAAACCCAAACAAGCCUGGUGUGGAAGCGAGGCGCUGUUGCCCCGGGAGACAAGCAUCCCUCAUGGCUCACCCAGCUCUAAAUCUCCAGCCUCCAUAAUUAGUGGGGGUGGCUUCUCCGCCAGAUCAGAGAGAAUUCUUGAGGAAUGGGGCAUCACAGAUAGUCACACUGCUUACCUCAUGCUGAAGAGAGCACAGAGAAUGAAGUCUAGAAAGCAACAGCAACGAAAAUAUCAAGACCCCACCGUGCGACUGGCCGUGUUCCGUAACCAUGGCGCCCAGCCCGCCGCCGCCCCAGUGCGUGGAAGAGCCCCCCCGGAGCGCCGAGACGUCUGUAAAGCUCACUGCGGAGGGGAGGAGGACGAGGAGGAGGAAGAGGAGAAGAGGGAGAGAGAGAGGGUGGGGCAGCGUCCCAGUGGCAGGGCCUACCAGUGGAUGCACACACAGGCCGUGGCCUUGGCCCCGAGCAGCCCGUCCUACCCAGAAACCCCCAGCACCUGCGCCAGUGAGCACUUCCUGCCUGAGAUCAAUCCAGAUGUUCUGAACGGAGGCCGUGUGCAGCUUGUGACUAUUUCAGGGCACAGGGAUGGUGUUGGCUCUGGAGUUGCUGAUCUCCCUCAUAGAGAACACGGACUUGUACGUCGCCAUUCAGUUGGACACACAAGAAAGGAAGCCCCCUCACCACAGAGGGUGACCUCCGCACCGUCCAAAAAGGAGCGCAUCUCAUACCGGGACAAGCCUGUCCAGCUGAGUGGAGGCUGGGGAGGGGGCAAGAAGAGGGCCCGAGUGUGCAAGUAAAACACAUGCACACAACACACAUACACACACACACCCACACCACUGACCAGACCCUAAGCAGGAGACGGGAGUGCGCUUUUUUGACUCCGCUGUACCUUUCAUUAUUGCAUUAACAAGCGUUUCUCCUUGUGUUCCUGUGCUGAGUGUGCUCUGACAUAAGCACUUAACCGGCCUUAAAAUGAACAUUUGUGCCUGAAAUUCUUUGCAGCUGCUGUUUCAAGCCUUAGAAUUGGCUUCCUCUCCUGAAAAUUAAUUAAAGGCAAUGGAUAAGGUAUAGCCUAAAUAUCUGCAGGCCAUCUCUGAAUGCCUAUUAUUCUCGGGUAUCAGGGGCUUGAGCAGGUCAGUGUAGCUCUAGUAUUGUGUGGACCUGAGCCCAGACCACUUACAAAUGACAUGCUUAAUAUGCAAAAAAUGACGAGAUAAAAACCAGCUCAGCCACGUUAAACACACAACUGUUUUCCCUUUUCUCGGGUCCCUCUUAGCUUUCAUGCCACACACUGUUUUAGCUUUUGUAAUUAAAAUAAAACAUAAUCCUCACUGCCACAGAGAAAAUAAAUACAUUGUAACAAAAUCAAGUUGAAUAAAUUGUUCAAAAAAUGUUCAACAUGUUUUCAUAGUUAUUUCUGUUAUUUUCAUAUUUCCUAACAGUUGAAAGACAGAACUUAGUCACUAGUGAAGAUACUAUUCCAAAAUGUACCAAUGUCAUAAUCAUAUUGAAGAAAUAAAAGAUAUUCUUGAGAAACUGGAUAAUUUUUUCUCCCCUAGAAGUCAUCUGACAGCAAUUUUCCUGAAAGCCAAACAAAGAAUCUAACAACUAGAAAAUAUUCAUCAGAAAAUAGCAUUGGCCAUCCUCUAUCUGCAAACAUUGACCUUAAAUUGUUGCUUUGUUUUAUUAGUUUCACAUUGGCGUUGCUGAGUGGAUGAUCUGUGUUAGUGUCUAAGUGAGUUGUGCUGUGGUGAGCCCGGCCCGCUGAUCUGUGGCCUGGAAAUGAUACGUUAAUCACAGUGAAAACAAAUAAGCGUGGCCGGGGAGUAUGGCACCCUGUCAGGAGAAGUGUCUCUGUGUGUGUGUGUGUGUGUAGUGUAGUGUCUGUUUGUCUUUGCCCCUGCAUAUUCAUAUUCACUCUGCUUGUGUUUUGGCUGUACGCAGCCAAACACAGACGGCGUGGUGCGGGCUCCUAAGUAUGGCGGCCCCGACCCCCGUGUUAAUGACUGCCAGCGCCCUGCGUCGUACCACAUGAGCGUGAGGCCUUGUCUCUCCUCGGCAGGACGGACCUCUUCCUCUAACUGAUGGUGAAAACAUUUGUCUCAGAGCUGUGUUAUUAGACUGAAUAAAAAGACCACUGGUGAUGGCCAUACUCUCAUAGCUAGGUGUGGAAGUCCUUAGUUGAAUUAUUUUAACAGCUGAGGCAGAAAACAUAUGCACCUUUUGUACUUUAAAGCGUACUUUCAAGACGCUUUAAAUAUUGUUAACAUGUUUUAAGUCAUAUGUUACUUAUGCAAGUCUCCACACUGCCUGAAACUGAACUUAACUGAGUAGCCCUGAUAGCAAGAGCACUGUAUUAUCACAGGAAAGUCGAGCUCAGGCCGUUUGUCAUUCCUAGAUGCCCCAUAUCACUGUGGAGUCAUCAGGUUGAGCUCCUAAUCUACCCCACGGCCAGCCCAGUGUGGAUCUGCAGCGGGUUAGCGAGACACUCAAAGGCAAUAAAGGCCCGUGUAGGUUUGUUUGGGUUUCUAAUGACCUACAUUUGAUUUAAUUAGCCAGGCCCAUAUUACAGGGGGAAAUAAAUCUGGAUUGGUUAAAGCCAGUACCACAAAGGGCUGCCUCUGACAUGAGGCAAAGGCUUUACGGAGAUCUCCAGCCUACACCUCGCCUUGCUCCGCGUCCCGGCCCAGAGACGGGGGCCUCGGCUGGGCCGACAGAGGUCCGCCAGGGCCUUGUUUCUGCAGCUGCUGCCCCAAGCCUUGGUCGAGGCGAAGCCGUUUAUUAUGCUUUUAAUGACUUAAGUGACUGGAAGGGCCGUGAGUACACAAACCCAGCUGACAUAUUUGCCUCGACCAGCGGCUCUCGCUAAACUGGGGGCCUGCCUCUUCCGACACCAGUAAAAGGAGAAACAAACAGUGUGAUGCAAACAUGGAGCAUGAAUCCUCCAUUCACACUCACAGUGAUCUAGAAAAAUCUGUCAAAACAGCCAUAUUAGAUAAUCAGUCAUAUGAAACAAGACUUGAUCUCAACUUAGUAUAUAUUGGAAAGCCACAUAUGAUGGAUGGAAACAUUGCCAAAAUUUGUAUUGCAUUGUAACCCCAAGCUACUGGUGAAACUGUACACCACAGAAAUCACAUGCACAGAGGUUAAGGUCUCAAAAUUUGUCAGCCAGAAUUUCACUUUGUCACCAAUCCUCUGUUAAAUAAAAGCCUAAAAUGUCACAUUAUUCUAAUUGACAAGAUAUCACAUACUUAAAGAUGAAUUAUAAAAUCUUUACAAUACUAACAGUGUUAUUUAUGCUCCUGUGGAAAGACUAAAGAAAUUUUCCUCUUGGGGCAAUGUAUUAUAUGUCUAACCAUUGAGGAAUUACAGCCUUGUAGCUAUUGAGCUACUUAUUACCCCAGAGACAGAAAAACGUAUGCCGCUGUUCAGUUUGCAAAUGAUGGCAUCUGGCAUCAAUAUUUCUGUCGAAUUAACAUCAAUCCGUUUAGCAUUGACAUUUUUUACGUAUAGCAAUUUUUGUAAAGUUAUAUUAAUAUGUAAGAUCUUCUGCAGAGAAUUUAGGAAAUUAAAUAAACGUUUUCAGAGGAAUUGAUGCUAGUGGCUUGAAUUCCCAGUCCAAGAUCUCAACAAACCGCCACGAACUUUGCGCAUUUUCUCCUCAGCGUGGUGCCGCUUGCGGGGUCAUUUUAGAAGCCAAUAAGAAACCCCCCUGCUACUUAAGAGCAAUCCUAUUUAUUUUGAUUUUUGUGGUGUGGCACCCGCCAACCCUAGGUAUUAUCGGUGACCUAAUAGCGAACUUGCCUAGAUAUGGCUAGCUUUGCAGGUGGUAUGAUUUGUGGGGGUAGCCAGAGGAUUCUCUGCACCCAAGCAUCAGGGUAGAGGGGGACAGCCCUCAGCAAUCUUCUAGGUUUGAUUAUCACUGCAAUAGCGACUGCAAAACGAGCUGCCGUGAAGUUAUUCAUUUUUACGCAGAGGUAAAAAUAUCAUAGGCUACAUGGAUGAAAGUGUGAUGUCAGCCCAUUGCUUAAAGGUUUUAUUUGACUGAUUUGUCUCCUAACGUGUAUCAUUAGCAGUGCCACUUGGAAUAACCACGAAUUACCUAAUUGAAACUCAUCCUUAAACGGAUGCGGAUCUGUGGUAUUGUUUAAUUCUUAAACAAUGAUGUAUUGACAGGUUAAACAAGCUGUAACCUACCCCAUGAUUUACCGACAUCUGACAAUUUUAAGUUUACAAACGUGCACAUUCUUAAAUGCAUAUAGGCGUUUUACAAUCCACUGACAUUCUAACAUUCGACUGCGCUUUGCUCCCUGACUUAGUCCCUUUCACCAAUGCAAAGUUCCAGAGAUUCUUACUUUAAUUCGAUUAGCAGAGCUGGGCCUUCAGACAUGACACACUGACUUCAUUUAGACUAUUGAAAUAUAUUGGGGAAAUAUUUAAGAAUUUUCACAUAAUAUAGGCCACAUACUAAUAUA